GACGCGGUUGGUGACUGUUGUGUAAUACCACUGUUCGUCAAUAGGAUGCGCCACACGUCGCGCAGAAGGCGAUUCGUCAGUAUCCCUAACGGCUUCCCGUCGGCUACGUAUCAUCCCGGAAGAUUUACCUUUCUCCUGACACGUAGCAGCCGCGACCAAGUUGGCAGCACUCUGGGUAGAUUUUGUCAAACAUCACAGGUAAAUUCUGUCCCUGUCUUUCUGCAAGAGUGAGAGAUGUCGGGGUUUGACAACUUCAACACAGACUUUUACCAGUCAAGCUACAGUGUAGAUGACCAAAGCCAGGCCGGCUAUGGCUACAGCAACACUGAAAACCCCUACAACAAGCCAUACGGUCAGUACGACUACUCCCAGCCUAUGGGCUACUCUUCCCCAGGGAUGAUGCAGCCUCAGCAGCCAUACACAGGACAAAUCUUCCAGCCCACACAGACCUACACUCCAUCCCCAUCGCAAUCCAUGUACAGUAGCAGCUUCGAGGAUGAGCCGCCGCUGCUAGAAGAAUUAGGAAUCAACUUUGACCACAUCUGGCAAAAGACUCUGACCGUGCUCCAUCCAAUGAAAGCAGCAGACGGCAGCAUCAUGAAUGAGACAGACCUGGCUGGCCCCAUGGUCUUCUGUUUGGCCUUCGGAGCUACGCUCCUCCUGUCAGGUAAGAUCCAGUUUGGCUAUGUAUACGGUAUCAGUGCAAUUGGCUGCCUUGGCAUGUACUGCCUACUCAACCUAAUGAGUAUGACGGGCGUCUCCUUCGGCUGUGUGGCCAGCGUGCUAGGAUACUGCCUCCUCCCCAUGAUCCUCCUCUCUAGCUUUGGAGUUGUCUUCUCUUUACAGGGCAUGAUGGGAAUUAUACUAACAGCAGCCAUCAUUGGCUGGUGCAGCUUUUCAGCCUCGAAGAUCUUCAUCUCAGCGUUGGCCAUGGAUGGGCAGCAGCUGUUGGUUGCUUACCCCUGCGCUCUCCUAUAUGGGGUCUUUGCACUCAUCUCUGUCUUCUAGAAAAAAAAAAAUCAUUAAGUAACAGUUUAAAAUAACUGCUCUCCAGUUUCCGUAAUAUCAGUCUAAUUAGUGUCAGUGUAAUUAGUGUAAUUAUUGGCUAAUUAGACUGUUAUUACAGAAAGAUAGGAGUUGCUGUUUAAAAUGACACCAACGUUGUUGUUUUUUUUUCUUAUAUGAGCCUCCACCUCUCACUACGUUCUGACUUGACUGUCUGCAGGCUGGAGUGUGUCGUCUCACUCAUGUAGAGUCUCCACCUUGCUCCCUUCAUGCAUCUUAAAGGAGAGGGCUGUCAAAUAAGCCCAGUGAAGAAUAACUCUCUUGUGGACAGCAUUGGGGCCUUCGACGGCUUAGUACAGUCCUGUGAUUUUAAGGACAUGAAGGGGAAGGAAGUGAGCAAGUAGUUCACACAAUGGAAACCCAAGGAGACAGUUUAAUUCGGACAGAGAUGGCAAAAGGUUCUCAGUUUCCCAAGAAGGACCGAUAACCAACCAUAAGCAAACCCUGCAGGUUAAUUUGGAGCCGGAAGAAACACCACGCAUCAUGAUUUUUGCAGAAGCUGUUGUGAGCCAUUUCUGGCAAGCAUCCAUAGAUUCUAAAACUGCAAGACUAAGGGAAACACCCACUUUCAUUCAGCGCAAGACUACAGCAGCUCGUUGUACUUCUCCACCAGGAAAGGGUGGAGAAAAAAGGGGUAUCUCCUCCUCAUUAUCUUCUUUUCUCCAGGACUGAGGACCCAUGAAUCCUAUCAUCUGCUCGUCACAGAAGUGAUCUGAUCUUUGAUGUGAAAUCAUCAGCUCUGCUAUAUUUUCGCAUGUAUUGUUUUAUUACUUUCUCUUGAGAUUCAUUCGAGUUUUCAUGCCUUUCAAGAAGACAAAAAUACAGAUUGCACAUAAACGUUCUAAUUUUCAGAAAACCAAAAAAAUUUGAUUAGAUAUUGAGAGUGAAUAGUUUGAGAAAUACUGUAUGUGUCGAGGUACAGACAUAUAGGGUUUUGCUAUAGUUUGCAUCCCUAAUAUUUCUUAAAUCUUUAUUUUAGAGUCAACUCACUUUGUAUGCAUUGAUAUGUCAUCUGUUUUUCAUGUCUUCUCAUGCACAUUAAAGUUCUCUUUGAAGGUCA